AGACAAAAAGGAAAGGAAAUGGACAGAUCAAUUGUUGAUGACGGAGGUUCCAAAGAUGGAAUCGAAAUAUCCAUAGAUCUUAUCCAUCUAAGCUGAAUUCUAAGUUCAAUUCACUCUCAUUUGAUCUCUUCUUCAAGCUCUAGAUCACAAACAAGAUGUCUACUUCAUUGCAUGCUCCAUCCACCGCUCUUUCCUCAUCUCUCAAGGAAAAGACGAGAUUCAGGUCACCGAUUCACUGUUCAAGAUCCACAUUCACUUUCACCACUCCCAAACCCUACUCUCUCCCUCGCACCACCGCCAUUCGUCUCUCCAUUCCUCCGUCGUCCUCAUCUUCUCUCGCCGCAGGCACUGUUACUACUGAACUCGAUUCCGUUUCAACCUACAGCGAGAUCGUACCUGAUACAGUCGUUUUCGAUGAUUUCGAAAGGUUUCCUCCAACCGCCGCUACUGUUAGCUCUUCUCUUCUCCUCGGCAUAUGCAGUCUCCCUGAUACAACAUUCAAGAGUGCAGUUGAUACCGCAUUAGCAGAUCCAGCUUGUAGACUUGAUGAUCCAGGUUCUCGCAUGUCCUGUUUCAUCAAUAAGGCAUUGGUGAAUGUUGGUGCUGAUUUAACUAAGUUAGUUCCUGGUCGAGUCUCUACUGAAGUUGAUGCUCGACUUGCGUAUGAUACAAAUGGUAUUGUUAGCAAGGUACACGAGCUGCUGAAAUUAUAUGAUGAAAUUGAAGUUUCUCAUGAUCGUUUAUUGUUUAAAAUACCUUCAACUUGGCAAGGAAUUGAGGCGUCGAGAUUGUUGGAAUCUGAAGGGAUACAAACGCAUUUGACUUUUGUUUACAGCUUUUGUCAAGCUGCUGCAGCAGCUCAAGCGGGUACUUCUGUUAUUCAGAUAUUUGUUGGUCGCCUUCGGGAUUGGGCGCGGAACCAUUCAGGUGAUGCUGAAAUUGAACUUGCAAUAAGAAGAGGAGAGGAUCCUGGCCUAGCUUUGGUUACAAAAGCGUAUAACUACAUACACAAGAAUGGGUACAAAUCGAAACUAAUGGCUGCAGCUGUACGAAACAAGCAGGAUGUUUUCAACCUAUUAGGGGUUGAUUAUAUCAUCAGUCCUUUGAAGGUACUGCAAUCUCUAAAGGAGUCUGUCACUCUCCCCGAUGAGAAAUACUCUCUGCCUCGAAGGCUAUCACCACAGUCAGCUUCCGCCUACAGUUUCAGCGAUGAAGAGUUGGUGAAGUGGGAUCAAUAUAGCUUUGCCUCGGCUAUGGGACCUGCGUCUGUUGAACUACUAGCAACUGGACUGGAAGGUUAUAUUGAUCAAGCUAAACGUGUCGAGGACCUUUUUGGGAAAAUUUGGCCGCCUCCUAAUGUCUGAUUGAUCGGUUAGUUGUGUUUUGAUUUCCGUAAAAACUCUAUACCACGUGCAUAGUAAUUAUCUUCAUGAAAUAAAAUCGUAAAAAUGCACAAACUGGUUAUCCUUUC